AUGAAACCCAGUCUGACAGAACAUUCUUACGGUAAUAAUGGUCUUCUUGACCAACUUGCUGCUUUACAAUGGAUCAAAGAUAAUAUCGAAGAUCUAAACGGUGACCCUAAAUCUGUGACCCUGAUGGGACAAGGCACUGGGGCAGCUUGUGUCAACUUCUUGAUGCUGUCACCUAUUUCUAAUGGUCUAUUUCACCGAGCCAUAUUAAUGUCAGGGUCGGCUUUAUCUGACUUCGCAAUGACGAAGGAUCCAGCACAGUUCACCCUGCAGGUCGCACAAAGCCUCGGCUGUAAUCCUAACUCGAAGAACAUGAUGACAUGUUUACAAAAUAAGCCAUUAUCAGAGAUAAAGAAAGUCCAAAUUUUAUCCAGACAAUUCGAGACUCCGUUAGGACCGGCGGUCGCUGGUUCUUUUAUUCCCACGGAGCCAGCAAAAACAAUGGAAUCUUUUCCCAAUUUAUUGAGCAAAUACCAAUUACUCAGUGGAGUUACGGAACUGGAGAGCUAUCACGACUUUGGUGUCAUUGAAUUGGAUCACGGCAUUUUGGAAAAUCAACGCGACGAUUUCAUUGGAAAAUAUGCGAAAAUUGUCUUCGAAGGUGCUGAAGCCAUAGCGUUAAAGGAGAUAUUGAAACAAUACUCACCGUCCAAAGUGGACCCUCAGCGCUGGUCUGUGGAGAUCAACCGUGAUGUAGUGUUAAACCUAUUUAGUGAUGCUCGGACCCUCGCACCUAUGAUAAGCCUAGCUAACUACCAAUCAAAGGCUAAUAGACAAUCAUAUUUUUAUGUUUUUGCACACAAUUCUGUGAGCACCGAAUAUGCACCGCUUAACAAAAGCGUUCACGGCGAAGAGUUGCCGUAUGUUCUCGGGAUACCGCUAGGUGGCGCUAAUUCACAUUUUCACUCUGAAUAUACGUUACGGGAAAAAUUACUAAGCGAGGUGGUUAUGCGGCUUUGGACAAAUUUCGUGAAGAAUGGGUCACCAAAUACUCAGAGAAUAAACGAAUAUCUUACUUUAGACAGAAAAAUCUGGAACCAAUACAAUGUAGAAUGGCCUGAAUAUAAUUUUGCACACCAACCGUAUUUAAGACUAGAUAUACCACCUUCCGUCAACAGUCUGUAUCGUUCUAAUUACACCAACUUCUGGAUUGAGACAUUGCCAAACAAACUUAGCAGAUACGUCAUAGAUCCGCUAUAUGCUUUCACAUCCAGCACGACGCUUAAACCCAAACCCGUACCUCAUAGAAGUGCUUUAGAUACUGUCAGAAAAAUAUGGUCACCACCGCCAAUCAUUAAUCAGCCCCAGCCCCACUACGGGUUGCCAUCAUAUGGAAAAUUGCGUCCGUACUCCCCACCCGAGCACAAACCGGACACAGAUGCAAUAUACAGGGAGAUACAGUCGAUAAAAACCCCAUCAAGACCCGUCCCGCCACAUUUAAUGGAAAAACAUACCGAGAAACCCACAUUAAAUAUAGCUAAAACGUCAAGUACAACCGUCACCCUCAUUAUUUCCCUAGCGGUUUUAUUCUUGGCGGUAAAUGUAAGUAUAUGCGCCGUAUUGUAUUUUAAAAAGCGGAGAUUACGACUUCAAACUCUUGAGCGUCCUUCGGAAAUAGGUGAAGUAGAUAUAAUCGGGCAGAAAAGUUCCGACAAAAGUGCCCUUCAAAAGCUUAAAAAUGGCUGCAGCGUUAUUAAGUCAAUAAAAAUUCCAAAGAAGAAACUUAACAAGGAGUGUAAGACCCCGAAGUCGGAUGAUUCGGGCGGUUUCAGAGAACGAUUCCAAUUGAGGAGACAUUUGUCCACAAGCACCUUAGACGCUCAUACUAAAGUUAGAGACUGGAUAACGAACGAAGUAAUGCAUAGAUGUUCACCGAGCAUUUUAAGAAAAUCCCAAUCUGACGUACACGAUAAAACUAAACCGUUCACACGAUCUGAAGAAUUGUUGACCGAUAAGAAAAGGAAAGUUGAUAAAAUUGAUGCCGACCCUACUAAUUUACUGUCAAAAAAUUACAAAAACAAGACUUCAGAAAAAACAACUUCAACUUCUGCACUCGAUUCCCAUUCGUCAAUUGUUAGCAACAAAAAAGCAAAUAGUAAAACCAGUAAGUCGAAUGAAUCAAUUAAGAGCAAGUCCGACAGCAUGAAGUCAAAAAAAGUUUCCGUGGCAAUCGAUGCUACACCAGCUGCACGAACUACUUCAAUAUUAAAACAAGAACCAAUUGAAUUAUCUAAAUCUUUCGAUGUCAUUGAUAAAGGCGUUCAAAUAACUGAGAAUAAAUUACAUAGAUCGCAUACCGUUGGAGAAGACACUUAUUCUCAAAUCAUAAAAGCACCUAAAUCUUUUGAUUUUGAAAGGUCUAUUCCUGUAGAAGGAAAUACAACAUACACGAAUGAGGUAACACUGUCAUUACAAAACCCAUUACCUUUAAAAAUAUCUCACAAACAUUCCACAUCUGACCCAGUUACAGAUGUAAAUUAUGAACAAUUAAUGAAGCAACUACAAAAAGAGGCAAUGUAUGUACUCCCGCCGAUUACUUUUAGAAAUGAAGUAAAUGUAACGUCAUAUGAUGGUAAACAUUCUCGGCCUUUAUCGCCUGAAGAAGCAUUGCUAACAAUAAAACGACGAAACUUUCCAAAAGUUUUGCCAGACUUACCUAAAACUAAAAAAAGACUGUCUUUACAACCGACUUUACAAAGUUUCCGUGGUCCUGCCGAUUUUACCGUAGAAAAACCGAAGGUUCCACCGCAGCCUCCUCCUAGAACAACAACUUUAGAACGGCGACUUGCAUAUAAGAAUACAAAAAUGUUGUCAUCUUUUGACGCACCAAGCAAGAUUAAAGAAACCUCUAACUAUGAGAACAUCGAUAACUUAUCACCUCUUUCAGAAAAUUUUAAAUCGAAAUUCAUGGAAAACAAAAUUGACUUCAAACCGUCUCAUAAUGAAAUGGAAUCUAAUACAUCUUCAAGACAUAGAAAUUUCCCUAAAGUUAUAAUUGCUUCGAGUGAUAUUUCACCUGAGCCAAAGAUUAUUAUAAAACCAUCUUUAAGUCAAAUUGAAAUUCCAUCAAACACACCAAGAGUUAGAUUACCUGACGAUUUUCAUUCGGGAUCAAUUACGUCUUUUUCGUCUUAUUAUUCAGAUGAAGAUGAUGAUGAUAUUAUCGAUGAAGAUGAGUUUGAAGAUAAAUUAAUACAAGAGCUGGUGGGUGGGGUAGAUUCUCCUACUGAAGACGUCUUGGACUCAAAAGGACCAGAAACUGUAUUACGAAAAGUGGAAAUUGUACCAGUGAAGUUAAACACUGUACAAACACAGAACAGUAGUGAUUAUGUUUGCAUUUCUGAUUUACAUCUUCCUGAUGUGAGUAGUUUAGAGGAAACAGCGCAGAUAAAACCUAAUUUUAGUUUAAAUAAAUUAAAAAAUAGAAGUGAAAGUAUAAACAGACCACCAGAAAAAUCUGUCAAAAUUAAACAAAAAAGGAAAAAGCCUGGUGCGAUUUUGCAUAGAGUAAAAAGUAGCCAUAAAAGUGAUACCAAGUUGGAACAUUCUACUUCCGGUUCAUCUAAUGAUACCGAAACUAGUACAGGAACGGUUAAAAAGGUGGAACCAAAAUAA